AUGGGAGGGUUCCCGAUUGAGGAGAUCAAGGACUUCCUGCUGACAGCACGGAGGAAGGACGCCAAGUCCGUCAAGAUCAAGAAGAACAAGGACAAUGUGAAGUUCAAGGUGCGCUGCAGUCGGUACCUCUACACCCUGGUCAUCACCGACAAGGAGAAGGCCGAGAAGCUGAAGCAGUCCCUGCCCCCAGGUCUGGCCGUGAAGGAGCUGAAAUGAGCCGGGAUGGGCCAUUCCCCUGUUGGAUCCUCUGUGUUUGUUACAAUAAAUAAACAAAUAAAUAAAUAAAACACU